AUGCGCCAUCACAGCUCACAGUUAAACUUGCCGGACCAAAACCUCUUUGAAAUCUCCAUAGGAAGCAAGUCGUCCGCAAAGAAAAAGUAUCCUCAUGUUCGCCGAGUUGGCCUGAUGUCGUCUCUAGGUGCAUUAUCCGAACCAAAACGCCCUGGCGAGUAUUACCUACAGAAACUCAGCCAGAGCUCGGUCAACUUGACUUCAAAACAGACAAAGCGCCCGGGAAGCGGCAUCUCCGUAGCUUCCGACAACUCCAAAGAUUCUGACGACAUGUCGCUGCUGGGAUCAUCUCAGUUUGACUGCCCUGAUUCACGUUUGAGUUCCAUGACCAACAACUCCUUAUACUCCAGCAAAGUGGGUGUGAGCUCGCCUAAACAACUUUCAGUUGACUCCAGUGCUGUCGAUGUUACUAGCGACCUUGAUCCCAUGUGCUCGUCCAUCUCCACCAUAACUUUGAAAAGCGACAUGCAAACACCAAAGUCCCAACUGCACGACGCUGCUGCAAUGGGAGACCGCAAGUUUGCUCCGAAGCUCCGGACAGCCUCCACUUCUAGUGUUUUAGAGCAAAAGGCACAAGCGAAACCACUUCCCCCAUUGAUGCGAACCCGUACUGCCUCGUCGUCGUUUUUGUUGGGUCGCUCCAAAAGCAAAUAUUUCAGCUCAAAAGAAUCAAAGGAAAGACAGCAGCUACGCAAGAAGGUCUACGACGACAACGACAAUGACGACGAGAUUUUGACCAACGAUUUGGAUUUGGUUUUCAAUGUUCCUGUCAUCAAGAACCAGGCUGAAAUAUACCGCUAUCACAAAAGCUCUUCCACAUCUGUUCUUUCACAUCAUGACUUGACUUUGGACAACGAUAAGUACGGCACUUUAAAUACUCCAGUGUCCAUGAAGCCUUCUCCUUUGCCGGGCAAGCUCAAUACCAGUUUUCACAUUGAUACGGGCUUACCUUCUAUGCCUGAAGAUUCUACACUCGAUACACCCAACCAGCUGUAUGUUGCAGACAUGCCUACCUAUAAUAACGAUGAUGAUUCUGAAAUUUCACAAAAUAUAUCGCUGUUCUAUACUCAGCGGUCACUAUCAUACUCGAAGUUGGUCAAGCUUACACGUGAGCAGCAGAUGAUUUACAAGCUUCCAAGUUAUGUCCGUUCACAGAGCAGCAUUGAAGACAUCAGCCUAAUGUCUCCUGAAAAAUUAGAGGUUGUUGAUCAAUCUCGUCCAAUCAAUUUACCUCCGAAAAACGCUGAUGAUAAGCUGAAGCAUAGUAAGGAGUUCCAUCUGUUUCUCGCAGGUUAUGAAUCUGCCACUAAGUCACAAAACGAUGCAAGACGGAAAAUCGCCGAAAGAUACAUCAAUAAUCAACAAGCCUGGUCCCGCUUAUUGUCUUCAACUGUUGAUAAAAAGGAGUUUAGCAAGCAAUUGAGUCUGGGCAAAGAAAAAUGGAGACGUUUAAAUUGGGAAACGCUGGUCCCCGAAAAGCAAAGAUUUGCAUAUUUCAUGAGGAUUUUAACUUUGAACUUGGGCAAUGACUAUCCAGCAAAAGUUGAGGAGAAACUCAAAAUCAUCGAAACUAAAUUUCAAUCUUUGUCCGACAAAAUGCGUGCAACCAAAGAUGCGGAAUUUGGUAAAGUCAUCGAUCAGGUAUUAAAACGUCCUGUUUAUGUGAACUUCUUGAAUGAAGUUGCUGGAUUGGAAACCACAGAUUUUGAUGUUAAUCAAUUUGAGAAAAAUUUUAAGCAUUUGCUCUACAUCAAAUCAUUAUCUGAUGGGGGCCUUAAGACAUAUCAUGAAAUUUUCGUGAUCCCUAUGUUCUUAAUUCUUUUCCAACAGUAUGAAACUUUCACAAGCAUUUGCGUCAUGAUCGAAAUGUUUGAUAAAUGCAUUUUUACCCCGGAAUUUUUUGGGGAAUUGAACACAAGCUUAAGCACUUGGAAGAACUUGUCACUAAUGUCCUCUUCGAGCACCCCAUACCGAAUUCUUAAGAAGUUUACUGAUCUUAAAGAAUUCGAGAACCUCAGUUCAUUCCAUUUUUUCGAAAUCAUCGUGCAAUUGAACGACAGGCUUCCUUUAAGUUUAAGUGCUCCUUCCACCCCAUGCAUUGCUCAAGGAUCAUAUACGCCAUUGGCAUCUGCUAAACAAUCUCUUGAUGGUGCAGAUGUUUCACCUGAGAGAACUAAAUCUUUCGAUAGUAUCGAUGCGAUUUUGACAUCGGUGUAUUCGAGAUCUUCAUCGCUUAGUUUGAUUGGAAUUUAUUUACAGUUGCUUGUCACAUACUCAUCUUCACCAAGGAGUAAAAAGCGCAACUUCCUGAAGAUAUUUCAGAGCUUUCUACUCACGAUCUUUCAAUUCUACCAUAUUAACUGGAACAGCUCGAGUGAACUUGUGAAGGGAAACAAGUCAAUUAAACUCAACAAGAGCAGCGACCAAUUGACCAAUUUAGAAUCUUUCCUCGACAAGUGGAAAGAGAUAUUCAAGAAGAUGUAA